AUGGCUACUGAAAAGCAGGAUCAGGCACCCCAAGACGAGGAGAUCGAUGAGGAGAGUGACGGUGAGUCUGUCGAGAUUAAGGAUGGCUCCUGUGGCGGUUGUGAUCAAGAAUUCGGGGCACAAGACGAGGCGGAGGGGGUCUCCUUGCAGGUAGUAUCAGCAAAAGGAGACAACAAGGCAAUAUGCCGUCCGUGCUUCUAUAUUCACCGUGGUAGUCUGGGCAAAGUCAAGCUCCGAGCGCUGUUCAAACUGCUCCGCAAAUCUCCUGCUUUGCGAAAGAAGUUUCCUCGCCAAAACCUUCAGUUGUUCCUGUCAGACUCUGGCACAAUUCCAAGGUUCCGCUCCUUGAGGCGCAACUAUGUCCGACGUACAGCUGCCAAUCCUAAGGCUAAGCCCAGGCACGAAGUCUUGGAUAUCAAGCAUUACGUUCAAAAGCGCCAAUCCAAGUACAUUGAUUUCUAUCAGGAGAGAGCAGACUGGCAAGAACUUGAUUCCUACUUCCGAGAGCACGCUCCGCAAGAUGUGAAGAAAAAGGUCAAGACAGCUGCAGCCAAGCGGAACUGGAUCACGAAUGUUACUUGGCAAAGUAUGCUGCAACCCUUGGGGUGA